AUGGUCCUUCGAACCGUGUCGAAAUUCACGAGCAAAGACGCCCAAGCCAAGGUAUUCGUGGCCGACCCACCCAGGGAGCUUAACGAAUCUAUCGCCAACAUCAAGGCGUACGCUACAAAGCUCGUGACCGACGAUAGCAAAGGGAAAAUCAAGGACGCAAAGAGACAGGGCUGGAAGCUUCUCGAGGUCCUGUUUCCGAUUGAGUUCUACGAACUCACAGGGGCAACUCCACCCUUGGCUUUGCAGACGGCAAAGCCUAAAAACAAGUGGGAGAUCGCUAAAGCGGAGAAGUUGGAGAGAGAAGCCUUGGCAUUCUUGACUCCCGAAGAGCGAGCCAAGUUCGACGAGGACGAAGCUCAAAUUCGGAGGGAAAAAGAAGCGCAGAACGCUCUUCGACACGAGGUUCGCGCGGCCAAAAAGAGAAAGAGGGACGCAAUUGAAGAGGCAAAGCUUCGCCUGUUAGAGAAGGAAGUGACGGAAAAGCGACUGGCGUACGAGCGCACUAAACGCCGUAGGGUUAACCCAGAAGCUGACCAAGGCAACUUGGUUGCCACGGUCGAGGUCCCGUUUGUCACACCAGACGGAGACCCGGUCCUUCCAGGAGACGCUUUGGCCAAACUGUGGUCGGCUUUGGCCACAGGGAAAUUCGUCCUCCCGGGUACGGCAAACGACCCGGUAACCUCUGAGAUUCAGGCAGUGCUGGCUAAGCACCUGAGUCAGGCAGAAACUCCACAGCCUUCGGCCGCGACGAGCCAGGCACAAACUCUGCAGCCAGUGGCCUCGACGAGCCAGGCACCGACACCAAAGGCCUCGACGAGCCAGGGUCGGAAGAAAGCGACGCCAAAGCGUACGGCGGCGAAUAAGGGUAAGACGCUCGCUUCGAAAGGAGUGAACGUCGAGGCUCUGAAAACCCCGGCACUGCUUAGCCCCAUUAGCCCCAAGCUAACGAAAGGCAAGGGGGCGGCCCGGCCGAAGUCCGGGACGAAAGCACCCGCUAUAGACAUAGACAAGCUAAUAGCGGAAGCCACCACGAACUCAGUAAAGGUCAUUUUGGACAAGUCUGACGGGUCACUCGCGGGAGUCAAACAGGUGAAAGCCUUAAAACCCGGGAGAAAGUCACUGUUUAACCCUCCGUCAAAGGAGUUGGUGGAGGCAGCAGCGAAAGCAUCGGCCCGGCGAAAGGGUCUUCGAUCGGCGGCAGAAGGCGAGGUAAAUCUAGCUGACGCAGCCAAAAAUCUCUACGGGGAGGACUUGGAGGAGUUGCCUAGCGAAAAGGAGGACGAACUCCUAAAGGAACCGGCCCGAGCCCCGGUAUCGGCAGAAGAGCUGCAGCCACGCCCGGUCUCGAGACGAUCGGGCCAACGGAUCGACUCAGGUGACGAAUCAGAUCCAGGACUACAGCUCACAGCCGAAGACGAGGAGGAGGCGCUCAAGGCGGCAGCUCUCAGCACCCUCCCAAAAGCGGCGCAAUAG